AUAAACUGUGAAACACUUGGACCAAUCAAAGGUGCCUAUGUAGUUGGCACAUGCGCAGUAAGCGUGUACGUCUUGUUCCUAAACAGCAGUGGGGGGAUCCGUACUUUGAGAUAUUUUGCUUCCCAUUUUCCGAAGAACAGACAAAGCUUCUGCUUUCAGUUCCUCAGCGUGGACAUAUUCACCAUGGCUGCUGCUGCUGCUGUUGCCACAUCUUCCAAAGGCAGCCUGAGGGAGGACCUGACCUGUGCCAUAUGCUGCGAUCUGUUCCGGGAGCCGGUCAUGUUGGCCUGCAUGCACCACUUCUGCAAACCCUGCAUCUCCCGGUACUGGAGGGGAACUCAGGGCCCUGUAAGCUGCCCACAGUGUCGCAAGGAGUUCACCUCCAAACAGUUUCAGACUAACUACCUUGUGACAGCCAUGGUGGAGAAGGUCAGGGCCACCACCUCGGACACUUACAUCAAGAACAUCGAGAAACAACUGAAAGAGACUCUGGAGAGCCACCGCCUGAGGAAGGAGGAUUUCAUCAACAGUAUUCGCAGAGACAAAGACAAGAUGGACACCAUAAAGAAAGUCGGAGCAGAUCUGCAGGCUCGUGUCAAAGGGGAAUUCCAAGCUCUCUUUCAGAUCCUGCACAAUGAGGAGGCCUGCCUGCUGGAGCAGCUAAGAAGAGAGCAGGAGGAGGAGCUGGAGAAGGUCCAGCGCCACCUGGAGGCCGUCGAGCUGGCUAUAAGGGAGCUGGAGGAUAAUAUGAGAGAGCUACAUCAGGCUAAAGCUGCCACAGAGAACGUCGUAUUGACUGAGCUCCCACAGAUAAGACCAUGUGUACGGGUGGAUAUUUCCCCAGAGUUUGAUAUAGACGCUUUCAGCAGCAAAUAUACGGCCCCAUUACAGUAUAUCACAUGGAGAAAGAUGUUCAAGUCUUUGAGGCCAGGCCCUUCCCCAUUAACAUUCGACGUCGACACAGCGCACCCAAGCAUCCACGUCUCCAGAGACAAAACCAUGGCAGUUGAAUGCGACGCUGUAUUCCCCUAUGUAAACCACCAGAGACGUUUUCUCCAGUGUGUCAACAUCUUGGCUGCCCAGGGCUUCCAGUCAGGCCGACACUACUGGGAGGUGGAAGUGGGCUCCAAACCCAAAUGGGACCUGGGCGUGGCCUCUGAGACCAUCAACAGGCACGCUCGGAUCAAGCUGAGCCCUGAAACCGGCUACUGGACACUGCGUUUGCGCAAUGGUAAUGAGUACUCUGCUGGCACACAGCCCUGGACGAGGCUGCAGCUCAGGUCUUCCCCUCAGAGGAUCGGGGUAUUUUUAGACUUUGAGGAGAGGAGAGUGUCCUUCUACAACGCCAGUGAUAUGCGUCUGCUGUACUCAUUCAACAACGGGCCGAGGGACAAGGUGUUCCCCUUCUUCAGCCCGUGCAUUAGCGACCGCAGUCAGAAACCUCAGCUGAUCAAACUCCUCCACUACCCUUGUGUCGCUCUCUCUGGCUAACAUGGGCGCAAUCAGUGAAAGGGUUUCAGUAUGUAAGAGCCUUCUGUUCACUUAAUGACCAAUGGCUUAUCACUCACCUGCUAGAAGACAGUGCUGCUAUUUUUAGCAGUAUGAAUUUAACACUUCUGACUUUGAUUUGAUGAUGCUUUAACGAUCAUAUAUGGCCAGAUGAUUUUAUUUUUGAAUGUGAAAUGAACCUUAAAAGCAGAAACACAUUAAAAACAAAUAUUCAUUCAUUUUGGCUUGGUUGUUAAACUUAAGCUUAGAUGCAUCAAAUUGUAUAUUAUUAUUUAUUAUUUACAAUAUGAAGACAUAGUGUUCAAUCAAAAAUCUUAAAUACUGUAGAUGGAGACAGCUGACCUUUCAAAUGAUAAUCUGAAUAAUUAUCUCUCAGACUAUCAUUAGGCUUGCUUGUGAAAGGGUUUUUUAAUCACUGAGCUCAUUCAGUUUGUAUAAAAUGUGCACUUUACGCUGAGAUUUUAUAUGUAAUCAAAAUGCUCUUCAUGAUUUAUACAUGAAAUUAAACAUUUUUGCAUUUUUAAUUCAGAUGUGUUGUUUUGAUUUCUAGCAGCUCCUGAUGAUUUUUGACUAUUUUACGUCCCUUUAUAUACAUUACAUCUGCCUAAAUUUGAACACUUAAUGUGACAAAAUGCUCCUUUGUUGUAUCCUUCAAGGAAAUGACUAAAAUGUAGUUCUUUGUGGUAUAUUUUGUGUUUCUGUCAUUGCAUGUUAAACACAAGUCCUUGUCAUCCUGAUUAAGGCCCAAACAUUUACUGUAAAACAUGCUGAUGCAAAUAAUAAACCAAAUCACUUUUUCUUCCUUUAA